GAUUCCCCACUUCCGGUUUCCAGAUGGCCGAGUAGGACCGUCGGGGGGAGCGGGACAGCCCCGAUGGGUCCCCAUGGGUCUCCGUGGGCAUUAGCCGUGGUCGCCCCGCCUGGCCCUUUGGGAGCCGGAAGUGCAGCUGAGGCUCGGACUCCUUCCCGUGCGAGAGUGCCUCUGAGCGCGCAUGGAGUACCUCAUCAGGCGUCGCCGCGCUGCUCCUCGUAGGAAGGGCCACUCUUCCCGCUCGCCAUGGCGACUUGGGUGGUGACCGGCUUCAUUCCGCAGAGCUGCCCCGCUGGCGGCGAUUUCUUGAGCUGCUGACCCGGUGCGCACUCGAGGACGGAGAGGAGGCUCCGGCGGAGCGGGGCUUCCUCCCGCGGCGGCUUCCCGCCUUCCCUCCUGCGUCCUGUCCGGAGCCUGAGAAGGGCUUGCAACACCUCCGCGCCCGCCGCGAGGGCGACCCGCUUUGGGAAGGACUCUGUGGGGCAGGAGGAGUCCGCGUGCGGCAGGCGUGGGCGCUGCUGGGCUCCAGCAGUCUCCCCCGGCCCGGCCCGCGCCGUCUCUGAGCGGCUGCUGGUGGGAGUCGCAGCCCAGCGACGCCCGGAGGCCCCCAGAUGACCCCCGUGACGGAGCUGCCUGGGGCGCGAUGUGGGCGGCGGACGAGGUGGCCUCCCUGUGUUACGGCCACUACCAUACGCGGCUGCCUCGGCGAGGGAAGCCGGCCGCGGGGGCGCGCGAGUGGACGCUACUGGCGGCUGUGCUGAAGGUGGAGCGCAGGGCUGAGCCGGUCGGCGGCGGGCCAGCGCUUAAGGAAGUUGUUGCCAUGGGAACUGGUACAAAAUGCAUUGGGCAGUCAGAAAUGAGGAAGACUGGAGACAUUGUCAAUGACAGUCAUGCUGAAGUGGUGGCCAAGAGGAGCUUCCAGAGGUACCUCCUUCACCAGCUGUGGCUGGCCGCUGUGUGCCAAGAGCCCAGCAUCUUCCACCCAGGAACCGAGGAAGGGAAGUGGAUUCUCAAACCACAUGUCAGCUUUAUUUUUUUCUGCAGCCACACGCCUUGUGGGGACGCGUCAAUCAUCCCAGUGAUAGAAGCAGAAGCCCAGCCUUGCCAGCCUCUGAAGCCAACAAAGGCCCCUAAGAGGGGCUUUCAUGGUGACUGCGGAAGGGAGGCUGAAGGAAUGCCAGCUGUCCAUUCCCCCAAGAGACAGAAAGUGGCCGACAGCCAUUCAGCCCAUGGUGCUGAGCUCCCUGUCGAGGAUGGUGCUGGAGCCAGAGUGGUGGAUGUCCACCGGACUGGGGCCAAGUGUGUCCCUGGAGAGGCAGGGGACUCCCACCGGCCUGGUGGUGACUUCCACACCGUGGGGCUUCUACGGGUCAAGCCAGGCCGUGGGGCCCAGACGGCCUCCAUGUCGUGCAGUGAUAAGCUGGCACGCUGGAACGUCCUUGGCUGCCAGGGUGCUCUCCUGAUGCAUUUCCUCCAGCAGCCCAUCUGCUUGUCGGCCGUGGUCGUGGGCCGUUGUCCCUACAGCAAGGAGGCCCUGCAGAGGGCCAUUGUUGCAAGGUGUCGACCUGUCUUGGGUUUGCCAGACGGUUUCCGGGCUCAAGAGGUGGAAACCCUGCAGUCCCAGCUGCUCUUCGUCCACAGCCGUGAAGCAGUUGAGGCCAGCCAUGCUCUGGGUCAAGGGAAGGUGGUGCCGUGCGGUGCAGCUAUCAGCUGGAGUGCUGUUCCGGAGCACCCACUAGAUGUCAUUUCACGUGGCUUCAAGCAGGGGACAACCAAGAAAGCAAUUGGGAGCCCAAAGUCCAGCUCCCAUCCCAUCGCUGGCAGGUCUUGGAUCUGCAAGGUGGAACUCUUCCAGGCAUUCCUGAAGCUGGUGAGAAGCAUCCCACAAGAGAAUCUGCCAGAAACUCUCAGCUGGAUGCUCUCCUUCCCUGAGACCAUCGUUCUCCAUGAUAGCAGGAGAGCUAUCAUCCUUGGAGUGGGACACAGCUAUAACGUCCCUGAAGGCCUCCUCCACACACCUCUCUGCCUCUCUCAGCUUUUCCAGAGCGAAGAGAUUACAGACUUACUGGGAAUACAAGGAAGCUGCUGCCAGUUACCAAGAAGCCUGGAAGGUCCUGCGCAGCCAGACCUUGAGCUCCUGGGUGAGGAACAGUCGCAGUUACCUGCACUUCAUGUGAGAGAGGGCGGAGCUGUGCUGACACCUGGCUCAGGUCAGGAGCAAGACUGCCUUGCCUGGGAGGGUCACACAUUACUGGUCCUGCUGUGAGUAUCGGGCAAAGAGCUGCUGUGCCAGCAGCAACAGCUGUGGGUUUACUGGUGAGAUGAGAACUUUAGGCUUUUGGAACGUCUCUUGACACCACCAAGGCUCAGAUACACGGCCACCCCUGUCACAUCUUCACCAAAUGGCUUGCCAAAACUCUAGGUGGCAAGUAUCUACAGCUGUUUGGGGCCUUCUCCUGGGCUGCAUCGCAGGGUGGGUGGAGUAACAGCCCCAUCAGAGCCAUGUUGGCAUCCUAAUGUAACUUGGGGGUGUGAUCCAGGCUGCAAUGCCUGCUAACAACCCUUGCAAAUCUUAUCACUAAUGCAACUUUAGUAAGAGUCAUUUUGAUUCUAUACACAGUUUAAAAAGGUAUUAUUUAGACUUAUAUUGACAGACGUUUUAGAACGUAUUUGGCUAUAGGAUACAGUGACUGUCACCUGCUUGCUGGAACUGUUGGAGUUCAAACAUAAAUGCUGAGCAGGGGUAGCCAAUGUGGUGCCCUCUAGAUGGUGCUAUACUACAACUUAUCAUCCCUGACCAUUGCCCAUGCUAGCUGGGCUCACGGGAGUUGUAGUCAGACCACCUCUGAAGGGCACCCUGCUGGCUAUCCCUGGCUUAGAGCGCAGUGCUACUGAAACAAUCCAUUUAGGAGCUGCCCUGCUGCCAGCUUUUAGAGGAUUUUGGAGUCUAACCUGAAGAACCAUCUUGUCCAGAGGGGAGGGGAGGGGAGAAGAAAGAAGCGGAGGAACUGUCACCAUCCAGUUGCCAUAGUGGCCCCUCCCUCCUUCUCCUGACUGUCACCUCAGGGGCAUGAGAGGAAGCAGAAACAGCUUCUUCUUAAACAAACAGGCUGUCUUUUCCAUUUUAUUAUAACUUUAAAAAGACCACGAAUACUUAUUGCUGUAAUAAUCUUACAAAAACUGCUUUGUGAGAUCUGCCUGAAAAGCAGUAUAUAAAUAAAUAAUCUGGAUUGUGUGAAUGAAUGCUGCUAAACUAAAAAGCUACCACACAACAGUAAUGGAUCUCAUUGUUAUGCUUCAGUGUGGCUCAUAGAAAUGAGUGGAAUUAUAUGUUUAAGACCUGUGCAAUGACACUACCAGGAUAUGGUCACCAAGGGGAGCAGCCCAUUGCUACAGGAGUCAAGAGGGGGCUGGCUGUUCACAUAGCCCACACUUCAAAACCUUAAAGAGGAGUUUCCUGCUUUGCUCAUGCAGGCCAGCACUACUACUUAGGAUGGUGGGGCCAAUCAUCCUUGUGAAUGGAGCCUUGGGGAAGGUGAAGAAAGUCACAGAGCUAUUAAGCUUCCAGGUACUCUUCCUGCUUAUAGAAAUCUUAUGUAAAGCUGCAAUUAAUUGGUCCAGCCUGCCAUGCGUGGCUGCUUCUUUGUUAAUUAUGAACAAGGUCUCCACUACAUCUGAUAGAUGGGUAAGAACAAGUGCUGCACUGCAAGUUCUUGUGCCUUCAAGAGGUGCUUAGUAGUAAUUCAGCAUGGAACUGGCUGUGUCAAGCAGCUACCUGUUUUCUGGCUGAGGGGAGCAAAGAUCCCCCCUCCCCUCCUGAGCUAGACCUCUACUUACCAGCCCCCAACAGGGGAGAAAUGAGCUUUCCAAAGUUCUAGGGUUGCUGCUCAGAGGCUAGCAGGGAGAAGGGAGGGCAGUGCUAAUCAGCCCACUGACAUUUUUUUUACUGUGUACUAUUGAAGCUACAAAGCCAUUGACGUUCCACAAGGCUCCAUUUUGUCCCCAAUGCUAUUUAACAUCUACAUGAAGCUGUUGGAAGUGCUCAUCCAAGGAGGUGAGCUGGGCUGCCAGCAGUAUGCUGAUGAUACUCAGCUCUACGUAUCGGUCACAUCAGAUCCCAAGGAUGCAGGGCAGGUGCUGGAUUGGGAGCUCCAGGCUAUAAGGGGCUAGAUGUGGGUGCACAAUCUGAAAUUAAAUCCGGACAAGACAGAGGUGUUGCUGGUGAGCAGAAAUGCUAACCAGGAUUGGGGGUGUUUGUCCACUGCGGAUGGGGUUCCACUCCCCAUGAAGGAGUGGGUCUGCGGUCUGGGAGCGCUCCUGGACCCGGCCUUGCUGCUAGAUCAGGUAGCGGUGGUGGCCAGGGGGGCUUUCGUUCAGUUUCAGCUGCUGCCCUAUCUUGGAUGCUCAGAUCUGACUACCCUCACCCAGCUUGCUUCAGAGUACAAUUGAAGGUGCUGGUUUUGACCUUUAAAGCCCUAAACAGUUUGGGACCUAGGUAUCUGCCUGCCUGCCUUUGCAAGAGAGCUAGGGAAGGGCCUGUUGCAAGUGCCUACUAUAUUUGAUACCCGAUUGGCGAAUACUCGCAACAGGGCCUUCUCUGUCAUGGCCCCUAGACUAUAGAAUGCCCUUCCCUAUGAGAUCAGCCACCUCUCAUCCCAUUUUUAAACAGCUGCUGGAGACUCAUCUUUUUAUACAAGCAUUUGGUUAAAUUUCCACUUCUGUGUUGAUGUUUUCAAGGGUUUGUUAUGUAUGGUUUCUUGUUUUUUGUAAUUUUUAAAUUUCUGUAUGGUUUUUAUGAAUGCUUUGCAAUUUUAAAUCUUUGUAAUUCACCUUGGGACCUGAAUUCUGGGUGAGAGGCAGACAACAUUAAUUAAUUAAAAUUAAUUAAUUAUGAAUUUAUUAUUAUCCUUUGGCUACUCUUAAGGAUUCCAUUUGGAGCGAGCCUCAUGCUUUCAUUUCCAUUGCAUAUUUUGGAAGAAAUAACUGCUGAACUACUAGUGCAGAUGAUGUCUCUGAAGAGAUGAUGAAAGUCAUUUUUUAGGAAGCUGCCUCAUUGGUCUAUCUAGCUCACUAUUGUUUAUGUAUGUAUAAUAUGUACACAUACAUACAUACAUACAUACAUACAUACACUAUUGUUUACACUGACUGGCAGUGGCUCUCUGGGGUUUCAGGCAGUUUCAAGCAGGAGUAUCAGGAGAUACUGAGGACUGAACCUAGGACCUUCUGCCACAGAACUACGGGACUUCCCCAGUGCACUGGCAAAUCACUGGCCUGGGUGACGUUCAGCUGAGCAGCUUUUGAAGAACUCAACUGUGAAAUGGUUCUGUUACAUAUUAUAAAGAUAAACUGAUAACCCCCCCCCUUUUUUAAAAAAAAAAACAAGUUGCAGGCAGGAAUGCAUGAAAUCAGAUCUGCCUCCAGCUGUCAAAUAAUUUUUGCUGAGGCUUUAACAAAGGGAAGUCCUGCCUUAUCACUCUUUCAGAACUUGUUGCAAGUAGCAACAGUCCUAAAGAGGGGGAGACUUCAAUAGACAAAGCCCCUCAUCAGAAGUGUAAGGAAACGAUUCUCUGGCUGCUAAAGAGGACUUCUGGAGCUCUUCCCAACCUGUCCUGGGGAAUACUUGGAUCAUUUGGUGUCAUCUACAAAAGAAGCUGUAAGGUAGGGGUUGCCAAUGCAUUGCCUGUGGGUGCCCACAAAGGCCUUCAGUGGCACUCCCACCACGUAGCCCAGAACCUGAACUUUCAUUUAAAAAGAAAAGUCUCUAGCCCUCCUAGAAAGAAAGCUAUGAAGCAAAAUAUGCAGAUAUCCUUUGAAGCUUUUUUUGUGAAAUGAGCAAGCCUAGCUUCCCCUGCCUUGUCAGUGUUUUUGGUCAAUGAGUAAAGUCAGAGGAAGUGAGUUGUCUGGACACCAGGCAAUAGCAAUCCCUGGGUUCCUAAAGAGCUUCUAUUUUGGCCUCCUGUUUAGUGUAUUUUUCCUGCUUCUGUCUUUUUUUCUAGUCCUUGGAAUCUCUGUAUUGCCCUUUUCCCCUAGCAACCAGGAUGCAUCUUGCCUGGGCUGGGUUCAUCAAAGAUCAGGUAGUGCCUAGAAAUUAUUUUCUGCAAAUACAACUACACAAUAAAUGUGGGUGAAUGUUAAAGAAUCCCCUCCCAACAGGCAAAUGUGAAAACUUUGCAAAGAGGCUUAGACAUGUCUCCUGCUUUGCAGGAGCUAAAGACCAUUAAGGAUUCACUAUACAACUUACAGUAGAAUGGUGUACAUGUUUACUCAGAAUAAGUCUUUUUAGCGUUGGCACUGAGGAAGAACAGAGUUCUUGUGUCUUUAACAGCUACAUGGCAGGCAGAAUUUAAACAGGCCAAGCAUCUUCUAGUAUGUAAAUACAAUUAUGGGAAAAGCUACAUCAUAACUACUUUUUAAUUUUGUGUUUGGCCAUGCCCUCAUGGCAGCCAUUUUGUGAUGCACUCUCAAAAUUUGCACUAUGCCCUCUAGUCCAGGAAGGUUGGUGACCCCUGCCGUAAGGUUUGUGGUGAAUGGAUUCUGUAUACAAAGGGUUACUGAGUGUAAGUUUGACCUCAGAAUACCAGGCAUUUUAAAAAUGAAGUAACAUAGAACUGCUACAUAUCUGUGAGAGAAAUUUUUAAUAAUUGCUUCCUCUAGCAAAAUUCAUCAAGAGGAACACACUAGCCAAGAUCAACAUAUUAGCAUCUUGAGACUGUUUAGAACAAUCUGGAAGCUCCCCUUACUAUGAAACUGUAAUAAUUAAUAAUUAGUCAAACCUUCAUUUCAAAAUCCCCCUCCCACCCUCGCUUCUAAUCCCUCAACUAUCUUGCUUCAUUAUUUAAAUAAUGCCAUUAAAUGCAUCCCAGAAGAAAGGGACCAUGGAAUUUACAGCUAUGAGUACAAUGUGCAAUGGGGAAAUAAAACUUCCAUAAAUUACCAGGCUAACAAAAACCUAUCCAUAUAUUAAAUCAACCCAGCAACAGAUGCAGGAUGUGCCUCAGGGCCAUGAUCAUAAACAAGAGGCUAUUUACAAGACAUAGAGGGAGGAGGUGCACUCAGAUGCCAAAGGUGUUUUCUCCACUAUACGCCACAUACAGGAAGCCGUCCUCAUCCUUCUCUUUCUCAUAAAGCUGUCCCAUUGUCAGGCUGGAGGAAGAAACAAGGCCGUGAGGAACUGGCUGAGGAAUCAAGGAGUCCACAUGCAACUAAGAGAAAGUGGAAUCCAAGGCAAUCCCUUAAAUGGGACUUUUCCAACGGGUAGGAUGGUGUCAUUUGCCUGGCGGGAAGGAUGGUGUUGGUAUCUGGAUGACUGCAGACCCCACCUCCCUCCCUCUCUGAUUCUCCAUUCACCUCACAGGUACUUGGUUGCCAGGCUACUGAAUCAUUCCCCAGACUUUUAUUUAUUUAUUGUAUUUAUAUACUGCCCCAUAGCCAAAGCUUUCUGGGCCAUUUACGACGUUUUGCUGCUAUCUUGCUUUUUUAGGAUUUUAUUGUUUCAUCUGGUAUUUCAUUGUAUGUUUAUAUAUAUAUUGGUAUUUGCUAUCUUUUUACAAACUGCUUAAAAACUACUGGCAUUAAGCUGCAUAUAAAUAUAGUAAGUAAAUAAAAAAAUCUGGACUUCCUAUUAAACCUCUGCAUUUUAUAAAGGCUGAAGUUUUCAGUACAAAAGAUUGAAUCUCGCAAAGAUAGAUACAUUUUAAUCUGUAAUCUAAUAAAAACACAACGUUUUUCAAAAAAACAUGCCUGGCUAAAAUAAAUGAACACAAGCACAUUAAAUCUAUACUUGGGCUGCAAGCUGGAGAGUUAUGCUCUACAGAAUUCUAAUGGACUUCUGAGUAGGAUUAUGUUGUUAAUCACUUAAAACCAAAAAAUACUGUCUAUCAAACAUAAAUAUGGCAUGAGAGGUUAUAUUCUGACUUGAUAGUGGGCUCAGGGACUAGCAAAUCAUUUCAG